CCCCGCGCCGGCCCCCGCGCCCCCGCCUGCGCCGCGGCGGCGCUCGGGCUCGGCUGCCUCCUCCUGCUGCUGCCGCUCGCGCCCGGGCACGCGUGCCCCGCGGGCUGCGCCUGCACCGACCCGCACACCGUGGACUGCCGCGACCGCGGGCUGCCCAGCGUGCCCGACCCCUUUCCCCUGGACGUGCGCAAGCUGCUGGUGGCCGGCAACCGCAUCCAGCAGAUCCCCGAGGACUUCUUCAUCUUCUACGGCGACCUGGUGUACCUGGACUUCAGGAACAACUCCCUGCGCUCGCUGGAGGAGGGCACGUUCAGCGGCUCGGCCAAGCUCGCGUUCCUCGACCUCAGCUACAACAACCUGACCCAGCUGGGCGCCGGCGCCUUCCGCUCGGCGGGGAGGCUGGUCAAGCUGAGCCUGGCCAACAACAACCUGGCGGGCGUGCACGAGGCCGCCUUCGAGACCCUCGAGUCGCUGCAGGUGCUGGAGCUCAACGACAACAACCUGCGCAGCCUCAGCGUGGCCGCCCUGGCCGCGCUGCCCGCGCUGCGCACCCUGCGUCUGGACGGGAACCCCUGGCUCUGCGACUGCGACUUCGCCCACCUCUUCUCCUGGAUCCAGGAGAACGCGUCCAAACUGCCCAAGGGCCUGGACACAAUCCAGUGCUCCCUGCCCGUGGAGAACAGGAGGGUAUCCUUGCGCGAGCUGUCGGAGGCCAGCUUCAGUGAGUGCAAGUUCAGCCUGUCGCUCACAGACCUGUUCAUCAUCAUCUUCUCCGGCGUGGCCGUGUCCAUCGCCGCCAUCAUCUCCAGCUUCUUCCUGGCCACCGUGGUGCAGUGCUUCCAGAGGUGCGCCCCCAACAAAGACACAGAGGACGAAGACGAGGACGAGGACGACUGAGCCACCUCUUCCCGUUCCUCAUUGUCCAGCUCCGAGCCAGCAGCUCCUCUCUGAGAAGGGAGGGAAAAGCAUCGGCUCCUGUCAGUGAACAGAACAGAGCCUGCUCUGCGUCUUGGCCCCUGGAUGCCCCACUGGAACCCCUGGUCACAGGGUUUAGAAUCAGCAGAGCAGAGAAGGGCAG